AUGGAGCACUCGCAACAAGACAAUGGUGCUGAGGCCGCCGAUAUAACGAUGGACGAGGGGGCUUUUGAGCCGCCCAAGGAAGGAGCAGAACAAGAGGAAUCUGCCGACGCUACCAAGACCAACGGCGACACAAGCCACGCCACUGAUGACAAGGCCUCCACUUCCGCCCCAGAUACCCGAGAUACCGAAAUGCAAGACGCCGCAGAGACCGGUGAUGCCUAUGGAGCUGAAUCCAGUUCAGCCAUUCCUCCCACCAACGGUACUCCUGCUCCAUCAAAGAGAGUGAGCACUGGUGGUUCUUCGAGGAAAAAGUCAUCGGCGGUUCCGGAACACAAGAGCAAGAAGCUGAACAAGAAAAAAUCGAGGCCUUUGACGAACCUCAAUGCUCAACCUGGCGAAUAUUACAUUGCUCGAAUGAAGGGCCACCCGCCAUGGCCUUCUGUCAUCUGCGAUGAAGAUAUGCUUCCACAGAGCCUUUUGACCACUCGACCGGUGACCGCAGCUUUAGAAGAUGGAACUUUCAAGCGGCCAGAGUACGCUGAUGGAGGCAAGCGGGCUCAUGAGAGGACAUUUCCUAUCAUGUUUCUACAUACAAAUGAAUUUGCCUGGAUCCCUAACACCGAGCUGACACCGCUGGACGUUGAAUCUGAGACGACUAAGAACCCAGUAGAGAAGGGCAAAUCGAAGACUUUACUUGCAGCUUAUAGCAAGGCUGCAGAGAACAAUGAUUUGGCACAUUUCAAGAUCAUGCUUGCAGAUCACCAGAAAGCCGUUGAAAUAGAUGAAGAGUUAAAAGAAGAAAAGGCAGCUAAGAAGACCAAGAAGCCCUCUCGAAAGAGCGGUGACGCUGCUGCUGUCGCCGAUGAUGCCGAGGAGAUGGAUAUCGACGACGAGGCAGCUGCAGAGAAGCCCAAGUCGAAGAAGCGAAAAAAGGCGGAUGACAGUGAGGAUGCCGACGAAAAGCCUGCGAAGACCCCCAAGACAGCAACCAAGCUCAAAUUGACUACGCCUAAAACACCAGCAGCUGAAUCAUCCACUAAGAAGAAGACGGCGAAACCCAAAGCCAAAGCUACAGUUACGAAGAGCGGAAGCGAGGAAGAGGCCGUCACUCCCAAAAUCGAAGAGAAGCCUCCGACCCCAGCUCAGAUUAAGGAGAUGAAGGAGAAGAAAGUCCUCUAUUACCGGCAUAAAUUGCAGCGAGGAUUCCUUUCUCGUGAUACCAUGCCUAAGGAGGACGAGAUGAAAUCUAUGUCCGACUUCUUGAGCGAGCUAGAGACCUAUCCAGAUCUUGAAGGGAGCAUCAUUCGCACGACGAAGAUCCAUAAGGUACUGAGACAAAUGCUAAAGCUCCCUUCGAUCCCUUUAGAUGAAGAGUUUCACUUCAAGACCCGCUCUGUUGAAUUGCUUGCAAAAUGGAAUGAGACUUUAUCCAACGAUCCAAACGGCGGGGGAGCAGGUGACAGAGAUGAUGAGACCAAGCCCGAAGCGUCCACAAAUGCUCCCGCUACCAACGGCGAAAGUUCCAAGGAGGUUGACGAGCAGGCCAUGAAGGCUGAAGAUGAGGAGGCUGAUGCACCAGAAGAGGAGAAUGGGGAGGAAUUGGAGAAGAAGAUCGGUACAACUAUUGAGGGAGAAAAAGAAGCUGAGAAGCCGGAAGUAACGGCCACGGAACAAGAGAAGAUGGCGGAGGAAGAGAAGACUGAUGAGCCUGCCAUUGAGAGUGCCCCAGAAAAAGAAUACAAGCCGCCAGCGGUAGAUGGGACUGUUGAGGCUACUGCUUGA